ACUGCUUCAAACAAAUCAAUAUGGCUGUCAGUGGAUACUAAGAAAAGAACCACAGUUUUUUGUUUAUUAUUUUCAUAAACAAUUUAGAAGUUUUAGUUGUCAUCAUGAAAUAGAGCAUUUUUAUAUCUAGAAUUCACACUCAAAAUGGCUCAAUACGAUACACAAUUAAGGACUUAUUUGUCAAAGUACAUACAUUCUAAUGAAGCUAGAGCUGAUAUUAAUAACACGAUUAGCCAGUAUAAAGAUUUACGACCUACACUCAGUCCGUUUGUUUUCAAUGAUGGAACAGAUCGGGAGUUAGUACAACUAGAAGGUACCAUCCCUGUAAACUACAAAGGAAACACAUAUAACAUACCAAUCUCAAUAUGGGUUUUGGACACACAUCCUCACAAUCCACCAAUGGUUUUUGUCAAACCAACUAACACUAUGCAGAUCAAACCAGGCCGUUAUGUGGAUGCAAAUGGCAAAGUGGAUAUGCCCUAUAUACGCGACUGGAAACACCCGUCAGCUGAUCUACUUAGCCUGGUACAGGUACUGGCAUUCACAUUUGGAGAGGAAUGUCCUGUGUUCUCGAGAACUUCAGGCCAGAGACAGCCCCAGCUGGCAUAUCCUGGUCAAACACCAUACCCUGUCAACCCAAGCAUGCCAUAUCCAUCUGCUGGCAGUGGAGGUCCUGGUGGAUAUCCAGCCGGAGGAUAUCCACCUUAUCCAGGUUCCUAUCCCAGUUAUCCACCAUACCCCCAGCCCUCACAGAACAAUGGGUAUCCUCAACCUUUCCCCUAUCCGGGUGCAAACAAUCCACCGUAUCCAGCACAAACACAAGGGCCACCAAAUUACCCACCCGCAAGUGGAUCAUAUCCACCUGUGCAGUCUAGCAGUAACCCACCUUAUCCGAUGUCGAACUCUGGAAGUGGUGAAAUCCGUUACCCAGCCGGCAUUUCUACUGGUGGCACAGUCACUGAGGCAGACCUGCGGGCAUCACUGAUGUCUGCAGUUGAAGACAAAAUCAAGUGGAGGUUACGUGAAACUUUUGCACAGGCCCAAGCUGAGAUGGAUGUGUUGAGAAAGACACAGAAAGAUUUGUCUACAGGAAAAAUUAAAUUAGAAACUAUAAUCACAGAAUUAGAGAAAGAACAGGAUGAUCUUGAAAAAAAUAUUGCCAUACUUCAAAGCAAAGAUAAAGAGGUAAAAGAUGCCAUUCAAAAAAUGGAAUCGAGCCAGGAUAUGAAUAUUGAUGAUGCUGUGGUGACUACGACUCCUUUGUACAGACAGCUCGUUGAUGCCUUUGCUGAAGAACAGGCCAUCGAGGAUGCAAUUUACUAUUUAGGAGAAGCUCUUAGGAAAAAUGUUAUUGAGCUUGAAUCGUUUUUAAAGAGGGUACGAGAGCUUUCCCGGAAACAGUUUAUGCUUCGAGCAACAAUCCAGAAGUGCAGAGAGAAAGCCGGUCUAGCCCCCUUAGCAUAAAAUAUGAAUUCUAUCAGCUGUUUUUAAUCUUGUCAUAGUUAUGAAAUGCUUAUUUAUACACAUUGGUUUUUGCUUAUUUGUAUUGUUUGAGAUUGUGGUUUUUUUUUUUUUUAAAUAGCUCUAUGCCAGUUUUAUAAUUUGGUUUAAAAAGUUGUGUGCUGCAUUCUGAUUUAAUUAUUAAUUAUCAUUUGUUUGGUUCUGGAAUGAAAAAUGUUGCAAUGUUUUUAAUUUUUAAAAGUGAGGUUGGUUCUUAAAUAUGGUGAUAGUGUUAUGUUACGUUACCAUAAAAUUUUGUUCUAACUACUGUAACAUGAACAUUCUCACUAAACAAUAUGUGAACUAGAAGAUGAUAACUAACAUUUAUUAUGGACAUUAUUACUGUAAUAUUACCAGAUAUACUCGCAAGAUAUAUAAUAGCUUUUUAACAAUUAUUUAAUUACAAAAAAAUCCUGUGUGUUCAUUUUGCUUAUCUUUUUUUAAUGAUAAAUUAUAAACUAUAAAAAUUUUCAUUCUUGCUAUAUUUUUUUUCCUGCUUUUAAGAGGUUAUAUUGGUAAUUGAACCUACACAUUCCUAGCAUUUAAAUUGUAACAUUUAUCAUACCUAUGAAAUCUAUUAACUUUUAAUAAGUCUGAAAUUUAACAAUUUCAAAACAAAUUUUUAAUCAGUCAUAUGUAGGCUGGGGUUAUAUAAUCAUCUACACUUGCACAUUUUGUUGUUUAUAAUACUACCAGCAUUUCUCUACUGGUCAUAAUUUAGUCUUUUAUUUAUUUGGUCUAAAUCAGCUUGUUUUCGUAUGUUAAUAAAUGUGUUGUUUUUUUAAAUAUAUAUCUGAUUGUGAAUAUUAGUUUUCUUUUUCAAAGAAAGAGAUCACUGGUAGUGUUAAUUCGUCUUCAACAAUUUGAUUUGAUUUUCGUUAAAUUUAUAAAUUGCUGUAAUUUUUACAUUUUAAAUUAAUUAAAUUAUAUUUGGUCAAAAACUAAUUUGUUGGAAUUAUUGGCAAUAUACCAUUCUGGAAUUGAGUAGAAGGUGCUUGGUCCACUGUAUAUUUCCAAAAGUUAGUACAAGUGUUGGUGUUUGCUGCAUUAAGUUAAUUAUUGAAGGUUGCAGUAUUUCUCCAAUUUCAAAAUUGGGUAAAAUGAUAAAUAUUUAAAAAUGUAUUCUUUUGAAAUGCUUUAAUUUAAUGAUGUAUUAUUUUCAACUUAAUGAUGUUUUUUUUUUGUGUAGACUGUAACAGAAAUAACAGAUGUAUAUAAUCACUGUUCUGUAUCUGUGUACUGAAAUGUUAUUUGCAUUGCUGGGAUUAAAAGAGCUAAGCUUAUAAAACAAA